UGAAUAUUGCGGUUUGCGGUAGAUAGUGACGGCUUCGCGUGUGUUUUCCGCAUUGACAAUAUUUCUAAUUUUCGCACUUUCACCGAUUUAGCUUACUCACGUUGUGUCGUAACUUAAAUUUACGUGUCGAAGUUUCCAUUACGGCGUGCUCGUUAUAAACCGGCUGUUAUGGUUGUCAAGUUCGUGUAGCCAGUGUUUUUGUCGUGUGACUGUUUUUUUUUGUGAAAUUCCUUCCUGAUUUUUGGCGCAACUUGUUUGGAAACUAUAAGUGCUUGGAAAACAAGGUACGGUCAAGGUUUAUUGUUUUGAAGACACCACAUAAAGCGGGUAUUUAUAAGAUGGCUGUGAUAUCGAAUCUCCGCAUCACGAGGUUGUAGCGAUGAGGAUGGGACACUUCCACAGGGCUCCUUCUUUAUACAAUUCCUCUGAGGGGUACGCAUCUACUUGCGGUCACCUUAUGCGUUGAUGGGCGGGCGGGCGACGCGCGCGCUGCGCCUUCUGCUGCUGCUGGUGCUGGCGCUGGCAGCUGUCGAGUACCUCUUCGGCUCCAUCCUGGACGCCUCGCCGCUCCGGACCUAUCUCUACACCCCGUUAUAUAACGCCACGCAGCCAACUCUAAGAAACGUCGAACGACUAGCAGCAAAUUGGCCUAAAAAGAUACCCUCAAAUUACAUAGAAGACUCCGAAGAAUACUCAAUUAAAAACAUUAGUCUUAGCAAUCACACGACAAGAGCCAGCGUGGUACACCCGCCGAGCAGUAUAACUGAGACUGCAUCGAAACUUGAUAAGAAUAUGACCAUUCAGGAUGGUGCCUUCGCUGUGAUUAGCCCAACACCAUUGUUAAUAACCAAGCUAAUGGAUAGCAUUAAGAGUUAUGUGACGACUGAAGUUGGUGUGAAGAAAGCUGAAGCUGUGGUGACGCUGCCGCUUUGUGAUAGCAUGCCUCCUGAUUUAGGGCCAAUAACACUGAACAAAACGGAACUGGAACUGGAAUGGGUGGAGAAAAAGUUUCCGGAGGUGGAGUGGGGAGGGCGGUACUCGCCGCCCAACUGCACGGCCCGACAUAGAGUCGCCAUUAUUGUGCCAUACAGAGAUCGUCAGCAGCAUUUAGCAAUAUUCCUGAAUCAUAUGCAUCCGUUUUUGAUGAAACAGCAAAUUGAAUAUGGAAUUUUCAUCGUCGAGCAAGAAGGAAACAAGGACUUCAACCGCGCAAAGCUGAUGAACGUUGGCUUCGUGGAGAGCCAGAAGCUGGUGGCAGAAGGCUGGCAGUGCUUCGUGUUCCACGACAUCGACUUGCUGCCUCUCGACACCAGGAACCUGUACUCCUGCCCACGACAGCCGCGACAUAUGUCCGCUUCCAUCGAUAAACUACAUUUCAAGUUACCAUACGAGGAUAUUUUCGGCGGAGUCUCUGCCAUGACCUUGGAACAGUUUACGAGGGUCAACGGCUUCUCGAAUAAGUACUGGGGUUGGGGCGGGGAAGAUGAUGACAUGUCAUAUAGGUUAAAGAAAAUUAAUUAUCAUAUAGCAAGAUACAAAAUGUCUAUAGCGCGGUACGCUAUGUUAGAUCAUAAGAAAUCUACACCUAAUCCUAAAAGGUACCAACUCCUAUCGCAAACAAGCAAAACAUUCCAGAAGGAUGGUCUGUCGACGCUCGAGUAUGAGUUAGUCCAGGUGGUUCAGUACCACCUCUACACCCACAUACUAGUGAACAUUGACGAGCGUAGCUGAUGGACGUACCUCGCCAAACUCCUGUUUGGCGACGAUAGGUAACGGUAGUGAGGACACUAAUAUCGAUAAGCCGUCAUCGAUAUCUCGAUAUAAAAUCGUUACCCAGUGUUGUUGAUCUCUUUCGCAUUACGCCUAGUUCUAGUGUUGCCGGUUUAGACUGAUGCCGCGGAGGUGCUCGAAGUUCAGUGUUGCCAAUUAAUACAUCUGAAGAAAAAAUAAUUCUUCAGUGGUGUAUCGUGGUGGAAGGUAUAAGUUUGCCUUCCAUGCAUGCUUGACAGAAAUCAACGUUUGACAUGAAAGUCAGUCAGAAGAUUUCGUCAAUUGGCAACACAGUUUUGUUUGCUCACAUUAAUGACGUGUUUAGUGGUUGUUAAACUAAACAAUGAUAGAGACGUUUAUGGUAAGACUACGAAUGUGGAUCGGAGAUGUGUAAGCAAGUGUGCGAAUAUAUUUGUAUGUGAUGCGUACUCUAGUAAUAAGUAAAGGCUCAUUCAGACGUUGUGAGAAACAACGUGCUAGUUGCUUGGUAACAACAGUGUAUAUAUAUACAGUCGAGGACACUGCAUCGCAACUUGUAACCUUUCUCGCACCGUCUAAAUCAGCUUUAAAUGUCUUGUCAUUAGUCAAUUGAGAUUGUGAGACAAUUUUGAUGUUUAUUAACUGUUAUGUAGGUCUUAUAUACGACUGUUCGAAAUUGUCUAAUCAUUCCAUUUUUUUCAUGCCUCGAUUUUUAAUGCUUUAUUCUUUUUGUUGGCAACACUAGAAAUUGGUCAGCAAUAUGUCAGUAAAUUGUGCUUAUUACGAUUAGGCCUUGUAUCUAUGGUAUAUGUUCAUUAGUUCGGUUUUGCGUUUAUCGACAAUUUAGUUAAUAAGUUACACUAUUUGGGGAUAUUAUAUUUUUUUAUAGAUCUUGUAUUAAAACUUUAUUACAAUAAGUUUUAAUGUAUAUUUUUCUAUAUACAUAUAUUUUACCGUUAAUAGCUUUUAUUUAAUCGACAUUCUUCAAUUAUUUCUUUUAUUUUUCUAAUUGUUCAAUGCUAACUAAAAUAUCAUAUAAAAAUGAUAACAAAUGAACUGUAAGGUUUAUAAAAAUUGUAAAUUUAAUAUAAAGUAUAACUUAUAGUGUUAUAAAUGUACAGGCGGCCAUUUUAAUUAUGAUAUCAAGUACAGAAUGACAAUAUAGUACAUACAUACAAUUCGUUGUAGGGUAUAUGCGCUGUGAGCGAUAAUUAUGUAAAGUACAGUAAAUACUGAUUACUAUAAUAAAGGUCACUAUACUAUAAUACCGGUAGAUUGGUUACUAAAUUAACUCUCUAUAGAUGAUACUGUAAAUUUGCGGCCUAAGCAUCACAUUAUUCAAAUGUAAUUUAUUUUUAUUGUUCAUUGUCAAAAGCAUUCUAAUAACUGUUAUUUUAUUUAUGACAUAAUCACUGUUAUGUAAAGUCACUCGUUUGAAUUAGAAUUAAGUUUUAAUGGGAAAAUCAAUUGAAUGAGAAUCAUGGUAGAAAAUUUUCUUGAAUAUUUUUGAAUAUUGUUUUUGAAUAUCAUUGCUAACUAAGGUAUUUUCAUUGACUAGGUAACGCAAAUUAGUGAUACCUGAGGGCUUAGACAAUAACGCAUGACGUGUAUUAGGUACUAUGGGCCAACAUUGAUAAAACGAAUCGCAGCAGCAUUUUUGUGAUACUCGAAAUGUGACGUUAACGCCUUUAGUAUUAAGUGCAUAAUUGUUUGAUAAUGAUUGUCAUUGAGAACAUGCAAGUAUUUUUCUUUUGUCAAAUUAUUGUGAACUUUAUGUCAAUUGUUUUAAAGUUUCUUUUCAAUAAAUAGUUUUCAAGAAAUUUUCUGCGCGUCCCUAACUUGAAAGCCAGCCCUAUGAGUAAGUCUCGUCUUGCAAGCCGUUGGGUAUUGAUAACUUGCGUUGCUUCAUAAUAUGGGGUCUAAAUUUCAAGCUGGACAUGCGUUGCGUUCAAAGAUUUUCCUCAAAUAUGCAUACCAAUAACUUAGUAUGAAUUAUUUUUUAAUGUUAAUUUUAUCUAUAUCAUUGAAAGUCCAAAAAUAUUUUGUAUGAAAAUUCAAAUAACACUAGUUAAUGCACUUGAGUGCUAUCAUAAUCGUGUAAAAAUGUUUAUACUAAGUAACAUGUACUUACCUAAAGAAUAAUGAAAAUUGUAAAUAGCUUUUUAAGUUAGAUAGGUAGACAACUUAUUAGAUACAAUCCUUGCUCUUCAAUAAUUAUUUAUACUUCUUGCUUAUAAAAAUCUUCAUUUUCUAAUGUUUUGUCUCUUUCACUCUAAUUAGACUGUUUGAGGAAGAAGAAGAUAAUAUGACAUUGUGUAAAAGAUGUAGGUAUUUUUAUAAGUGAGUUUUUAUUUGUUUCUAUUUUUAUACAAGUAUUUCUGUUUAUUUAAUAAUCUUUGACCGGAAAGACAAUUCGCAAGGCCAUUACCUUGUUCGUCCCAAAAUGUGGUAUAGUGACGCAAUUUAGAAUGACAGGCAGGGCAAUGGCGUCGAAGUAAAACCAUAAAAAAAAGAAAAACAGAAGCUGUUCCAUAAUAAUUGCUUGUCGGAUAUCUUCCGUUACAUAAUAUUACUGGGCCUAUUAAUUUUCUUUAUCUCUAUGAUUUUUAUUAGAUGUAAGUAAUACAAUGUGAUAUACCCAAACGAGACGAAGAUAAGAUAUAGCAUGAGAAAAAUCGACUCUGGAACCCAUGAAAUAAGGUUGUUUUUGUCUUAAGGGAAUCAGAAUUGUUUUUAUAGCAAUGUUUUGCCUUUAGUUUGGCCUGUCAAAUAAUGAACCGCUGCAAAUAUUUGUACAUUACCUCGACUCAAACAGCGGAUGUUUAAAAAUAUAUAUUUUGCAUUCACAUUACGUUUGCUUUCUAAGAUUUGUAUACUGUUACUCAUAAUUUUGGAUACGCUUUGGUAUUUUUGAAUUUUACGAAUUAUGAUUUAAUGCACGUUCUGUAUUUUUUUAAACGUUUAGAAAUUGAAAAGUAUUCAUACAAAUAUAAUUAUUUGUUUUAUUAUCCCGAAUGUUUCUGUAGAUUUUAAUCAAAUUAACUUUUGUGCUAAUGUAAAGAUAAGGAGUAGAGUUUUAUACCUCAUUUUAAGGACUGUAUACAUUUAGAAACAUAUUUCUGUUGCGUAUAAGCCUUAGGCGGAGCGGAAACGUGAACUCUUUUGUGACUGGUGUCUGAAACAAGCUACUGCUGAAUAUUUCUAUAGGACCAGUAUGAAAUUAUCCAGCGUUAGUCAGCGUGUGCCCUCCUCGGUUACCUAAGAAAUACUUUAACAUCAUUACAGCACUCUUUAUCUAUUUUCUUUUUUUAGUUGCAGCCUAGUUUAGUAUUGUAUAAAAUCCGCUUAGUUUUCAAAACUCGUAACAAUUGUAACCUAACUACAUUAGAUAACUGUAGCUUAGACCAUGAGUUACUCAAAGAAACGUGAUAUAUUAGUUUUCAUUUGUCAAAAUUGUUUUAAAUAAAUAUUGUUUGUUUUAUAUAA